AUGUCAAGUGGUGGUAAGAAUUAUUCGUAAUUGAAAAGUGAGUAAUGAGCAGAUAGGAGAGUUGAUGGAUCACCUGGACUAGGAGCAUGACAGUGAAGAUGAGGGAAUGGAAGAUUACAAGAUAGGAGGUUUGUUAAAUAUGACUAUAAGAAAGGAUAUCACCCAGUUCAUAUUGGGGAAGUGUUGCUGAAUCGUUAUGUGGUUAUUCAGAAAUUAGGUUGGGGACAUUUCUCGACUGUGUGGUUGGCAAAGGAUUUCAAAUAUGACACAUAUGUGGCGCUAAAAAUUCAGAAGAGUGCAUCACAUUACUUGGAAGCAGCUUACGAUGAAGUAAAAUAUGUGGUUCAAAUUUUGUUUAGGUGGAAAUCUUAUAGAAAGUGGCAUAGAAUGUGCAGAAUCCAGUUUGGAUAUAAUCAUUAAAAGAAUAUUAUGCAGAAGUAAAAGUUCGAUCUAAGUAAUUAAUAAGGAAGGACGUACUCAUUUCAACAGAGACGAUACUCAUACAGUGCAAUUGUUAAAUUCAUUUGUCUACAAAGGACCUUAUGGCCAUCACUUUUGUAUGGUUUUCGAGAUUUUGGGAGUGAAUCUAUUGGAGAUAAUAAAAAGAUACAAUUACAAAGGAGUAUAAUGACUGAAUAUAAAGUUAGUGUCCAAUGGAUAUUGUGAGAAAAAUGGCAAAGCAAAUAUUGAUUGGGUUGGAUUACCUACAUAGAAUUUGUGGAGUCAUUCACACAGAUUUGAAGCCAGAGAAUGUGUUGCUGUGUUUAUCGGAUGAGGAAAUAAAAGAUAUAGUGGAGAAUGGGCAAUUGACAUCAAAUCAACUCUUUUCAGAUAGAAUCCAUAUAUAUAGAAAGAUGUUGGGCAUUGUAAAAGAUGAGUAGAAGAAGGAAGAGGAGGAUGAUCAUGAGGAUGAGGAGGAGACAUAGAUGAGCAAGACUCAGAGAAGGAAAUUGCAGAGAAAGAAGAAGAAGAAGUAAGGACAUGUGAAGUAGGAGGAGGAGGAAGAGAUGCCUAAAUCAAUUAAGGAUUUGUUUAAAUAGGAUAAUCAAAAAAAGUAAUAAUUAUUAUCAAAUUUGGAAGGAUAUCAUUCAAGACUCAGAAGCCUUUGCCUGACAAUUUCAGAGUGAAGAUUGCAGAUUUGGGAAAUGCAUGUUGGAUUCAUCAUCAUUUCUCCACCUUGAUUCAAACUAGACAAUACAGAUCUCCAGAAGUAUUAUUGGGAAUAAAGUACAAUCCAACUGCUGACAUAUGGAGUUUUGCAUGCAUGAUAUUUGAAAUGCUUACAGGAGAUUAUUUGUUUGAACCUAGACAAGGACCAAAUUUCUCAAAGAAUGAAGAUCAUUUGGCCUAGAUCUAGGAAUUAUUAGGCAAGUUUCCUUAUGAGUAUGGAACAAGAGGAGCUAAGGCUAAAGUAUGAAUGUAGAAUUAAAAUAAGCGUUACUUUUCUCAAAGUGGAGUGAUGAAGAGAAUUCAGCAAUUGCAUUUCUGGAAUCUAUACAAUGUGUUGACUGAAAAAUACAGAUUCAAAACAUAUGAGGCAUUGUCAUUCUGUUCUUUUAUGUUGCCAAUGUUGCAUCAGAUGCCAGAGUACCGUACUACUGCUCAGGAAACACUUAAGAGAGAGUUAUGUUUCAAUGCCAGUAACGAAUAGGUGUUGAAACGCUAUAUUGAUCAUGUGUUCUAGUUCUAGAAUUUCAGAGAGUGCAUUCCACCUUCAGGAUGGUUCAAAUAGUAGACAGAUGAGAAGAUUGGACAUAAGAUGAGUGAGGAGGAAUACAAGAAAUUCACUGCUCAUAAGAAGAUCAAUUAAGAGUCGGAAGAAUUGGAACAGGGGUAGAUUUACGAAGGGAUUCAACCCACUCUAUUAAUUAAUUAUAGAAGAGUAUUUACAAUUAGUAUGAGUAGGCAUCUACCAGAUCUUAUGAGGGAUCGACUUCCUUGACUCCUGAAGUAGAGGUUUUACCCAAGAAAUAAGGGAAGUACGUUGACCAUCGGUUGAUUGAUAGAUCAUUCACUGAUUUGGGAUAUAUAGGGUAUGGGGAAGGAAUUAAUCUGGAAUAAUUAGAUAGUACAGGAAAUUGGUAAUUUAGUUGA